AUUUAGUAUACUGUUUUUUUUUUACUUCAUCCGUCAGUCAAGGUCAGUCACUCAAUUCACCUUAUUUUUGUACUAAUGCCAUUCCAAUUCCAAAUUCAUUCCUCAAAAAUACUUAGGCAACGUUAAAAACUCCCCUAAGGCGUAUAGCCAUCAAUUUUUGAUGGAUCCUUGGGGUGGCGAAGUGAAAACGACAACUGUGUCUAAAUUUGAAGAUAAUUUUGAACCUGCACAAGACUCUGUGAAGCUGUCAGAUUCUGCUGAGUACCUCGCUAUUUUGGAAAGAAAACUGCAGCAAAUCAAAAAGAAGAAUAAAGUUGUGGAGAAUUUAGCUGCUUAUAGAGCCGACUGUAUCGACCGUUUGAUGAGAGAAGGCUGUGACUUGGACCCUGUUAUUGGUGAUACAGAAGAAGAGAAGCUACUUCAAGAAUAA